UGUGACUAUAUUGACAAGGAAACAUGGCGGAUGUGGAAGCAACGAAAUCUUUGAGCGGACUGUUGAAUGGAAUAGCCCAAAAAGUUUAUUAUAAUAACUCUGAAAUCACAGAGGAGCUGCUGAAAAAUGAGCUGUACCCAGACCUGUCGCAGGAGGAGUUCAAGGCUCUGCAUGAGAAGAUGAAAGGCCUCGUAAAGUCUAUUGCCACAGCAGACAUGGACCAUGCCCAGCUGGAGGCUUUCCUCACAGCCCAGACUAAGAGGCAGGGCGGCGGUGGGGUUAAUGCAGAACAGGCCGCAGCCCUCUCUCGCUUCUGGAAGAGCCAGCGGGUCCGGGUGAGGGAGAGCUUGCUGAGUCAGAGCCGCUGGGAGCCCGGCCUCAGAGGCCUCUCCUGGAGGGUGGACCUCCAGACUGCAGCUAGCCGGGGAGAUGCGGCCCAGAGCGGCCCGGUUGCCCUGAUGGAGCUGGAGCUGGGCAGAGCCGGACAGGACUCAGAAUUUGUGUGUCUGGAGUUUGACGAAGCCAGAAUCAACCAGGUACUGAAGAAGAUGGCUGAUAUACAGGAGAGCAUUGACAACAUUGUUCACCACACCUAACACUCAGACAGCAGAGAAACUGCGAGACGUGAUUCUGACUGAGAGACGACAAACCAACUCCGGCUGUCUCUUUCGGCAAAUGGGUUGCUGUUCUUUUCUCAUGGACAGCGUCACACAGAAAUGAGACUUCAGCUCUGUGUUUGCCAGAAUGGAUCCAACAUGGCUUUUGCACCUGCCUACAGACUCAUAUUGGACAUAUUAUAUAAAACAUAUGAUCACCAUACACAUAAAUUUAGACAUGCUCACAUUUGAUUCUGAAGGGUCUGACUUGUUGAUGGAUUUUUUAAGAAUCUUCUCUUAUCGCUUCUUAACCUACCACAAUUCAAAGUGCUGGACUCUUACUGUCACUGUUUAUAGCAGGGCCCUCUGAUAGGAGGAACAGAGGAUAAGGUCAGAAAGUGAAUGAAAUGAAGCAAGACAGAAACAAAAAUAUUUAACAUAAACACUGCAGUGUAAUUGUGAUUAGAAUAACAUGACUCUCAAUCUAAAAUGCUCAAACUGAAUGUAAAAAGAAUAUUUGAGAUGGAGCGAUUGCACAUGACGUCAACACAGAGACGCAAAUAGACGCAAAAACAUGGCAUGAGGCGGUGAGACGGAGUGGGUUUAGUGAGGGGGGAAAAAACAACUUACGAGCUUUGUGUUUAAUCUGAACGGCCAUAAUUAUUUAUGCUUAUUUUACACGAUCUGUGCUAAAGCAACUGCAGAACAAAGGUAAGCUGACAUUACACGGCUAAUGUUAUCAUAAAGUGUUUAUAUUACCACGCUCAUGUGCAAGUUAUAUCUACACUUGAUUUGUAGUACACCUGAAAAACUUUAGUGUACAGACAUGGCUAAUUCAUUAACACUUUUACCUAGGACAACACAUAUUCCCCCUGAUUAUCAAAUGUUCAAAUUUCAAAGUCCAGUCCAGACUCAUAAAAGUUGGCAAGUUAUUAACAUCAACAGACAGUUGCAUUAUCAUCAUCAUCAGUUUUAAUGUCCUGUGAAAGUCUGAAUGUAAAAUACUUGAUGAUAAUAUAAUAAAACAAUGUUAAAUAAAUCAUUGUUUUUUGAGCUGAUGUUCAGAAGAGGCGACAUCAGAGGUAAAAAUGCACUUAAUAAAUAAAAACCUUAAGUCAAUAAGGACUUGAACCAUGUAAACCUGGUUCAGGUUCAUGUCUGAUUUCAAACCACAGCGAUGUAUUUACAAGCUGACGCAAGUUCAUGAUUGCUUAUCAUGAUAUACUGUAUAUAAAAUGUUUAUUGGUUUAUUGU